AUGUCAACGACACAUCACAACAUCCACAGGAAGGCGGAAACCCUGCAUGGCUACGUUAACGAGCCGGCCCCAGGCGUUCCGUACUUCACACCCAAGCAAGACCCGCCAGCAGGCACCGCUCUGCUGCCCGAGGGUCAGAAGCAUGUUCCCAAGCUCUUCCGCCCCCUCAAACUGCGAGGCUUGGUCCUCCAAAACCGCAUCGGGCUGAGCCCGCUGUGCCAGUACUCGGCCCAGGAUGGCCACUACACGAUGUGGCAUGAAACCCACAUGGGAGGAAUCAUCCAGCGCGGCCCGGGCAUCGCCUGCGUCGAGGCCACGGCGGUCCAGCCCCGCGGCCGCAUCACUCCCGAGGACGUCGGCCUCUGGAAGGAUAGCCAGAUCGAGCCCCUGCGCAAGGUCGUCGAGUUCGCCCACAGCCAGAGCCAGAAGAUCAUGAUCCAGCUCGCCCACGCCGGCCGCAAGGCCAGCACCGUCGCCCCGUGGCUGAGCUCCGGCGCCGUCGCCGGCAAGGAGCUUAACGGCUGGCCAGACGAUGUGCACGCCCCCAGCGCCGUGGCCUGGAACGAGCAUCACGCCAGCCCGAAAGAGAUGACGAUCCAGGACAUUGACGAGUUCAAGGCAGCUUUUGCGGACGCUGUUCGCAGGGCCUUGAAGGCCGGGUUCGACGCGAUUGAGAUCCACAAUGCGCACGGCUACCUUCUCCACGAGUUCCUCUCGCCUGUUAGCAACAAGCGGACCGACAAGUAUGGUGGAAGCUGGGAGAACCGAGUCAGGCUGACAUUGGAGAUGGUCGAACAAACCCGCGCCAUCAUUCCCGAGGACAUGCCCCUCUUCCUCCGCAUCAGCGCCACCGACUGGCUGGAGGAGCAGAAGGACAUGCCCGAGUCCUGGACCGGCGACGACACCGUCCGGCUCGCCCCCCUGCUCGCGGAGCGGGGCGUCGACCUCCUGGACGUGAGCACCGGCGGCAACCACGAGCGCCAGCACCCGCACGUCGCGCCGGCGUACCAGGCCCCCUUCGCCGUCAAGGUCAAGCAGGCCGUCGGCAGCAAGAUGGCCGUCAGCUCCGUCGGCGCCAUCGAGAACGCCAAGCUCGCCAACGACCUGCUGGAGAAGGACGGCCUCGACUUCGUCUUCGUCGGCCGCGGGUUCCAGAAGAACCCCGGCCUGGUCUUCAGCUGGGCGGACGAGCUCGGCCUGCAGAUCAGCAUGCCCAACCAGAUCCGCUGGGGCUUCGGUGGCAGAGGCAAGAAGAGCAGCGAGGCUGUUACCGACAUCCCCGAGCUCAUCGGAAAGCUUUGA